AUGACUGAAGUUGGUUGGUGGAAGCUGACUUUCCUCCGAAAAAAGAAGUCCACUCCCAAGGUGCUGUAUGAGAUUCCAGACACAUAUGCGCAAACGGAGGGGGGCGUGGAGCCCUCCCGGCCUGAAGGCGGGGACCCCACCAACGACUAUAACAGUCGCCUUGAGAAGAUUGUGGACAAGAACACAAAGGGCAAGCACGUCAAAGUGUCCAACUCAGGUCGGUUCAAGGAAAAGAAAAAAGUCCGCCCAGUGCUGGCUGAGAACCCCAACCUCUUUGAUGACAGGGAGGGCAAAGGACAGUGA